AUGAGAGAAGCAGGGGGUCAACGAAGCGGAUUUUCCAUAUUAUGUGGUAUUGAUAUAGUAAUUGUACUUAUAAUUAAUUAUUUUAUAUUAGGGGCGCCACUAUCGGAGCUAUAUUACCCUAAGCUAAGUUAUUUCGAUAUUUUGUUGAUACUUGUAUUAUUUAAUUUUACAGUUGAUGAACUUCAAAAGAAAUGGAAGCACUUAAGAGAUUAUUACGUAAAAGAAAAAAAACAAGAUAAUACAAGAAGUGGAAGUGCAGCACCUAAGAAACGUAAAAACUCGUACUUUGAAUUGCUGCGAUUUUUGGAUGUGGUGAAAGACUCUCGGGCGUCAUCGGGGAACAUAAGCGCUCUGGCAGGUGAUGAUGACCAAAAUGAAAAUUCUUGUGAUGAAAUAUCAACUAAUACAAACACUCAACCAAGAAAUGCAAACGCACAAGAAACUGUAACUGAGAAUUUUGUUCCACCUCAAACUGAAGUUUCAGGGACAAUGAAUAAAAAGCAACAAUCACCUAAAACAGCAGAAGAAGAUGCCGAUACGAAAUUUUUACUUUCUUUACUUCCUCAAAUUAAGAGCUUAAAUGAAAGACAAAAUUUUGAGUUCAGAAUCGAAGUGAUGAAUUUGAUUUAUAAACACACUCAAUGGAGGAAUUAG